AUGGAGCUGCCGCCGAGCCACUUCCCGGCCAGCCGGGCGGCAGCGCUGGCCGCCGCCUACCUCUGCUACCGGCGGGGCGGCCCCAGCCGCGGCCUGGCGCUGCGCGGAGUCCGCCGAGCACGCAGGGAGGACAUAGCUGAUGUUGGGCACAAGUACCAUCUGGAACUGGUGUUAGAAGAUGUCCUUGCCAAAGACACCACUGUUAACUGCACUGCUGAGGUCCUCUAUCAUCUGGGCAACCAAAACACUGCUCCAGAUGUGCAGUUCACACUGGAAGGAGAGCUUAGGACCACAGCUGAAGCAGACAAUCUGUUCUACAAUCGAAUCAAGAGCCUGGAUAAAGAGCUGGUGGCAGAAAACAUUCCAGACAGCCAGGGCAAUGUGUCCCCAGCCAUGGAGCCUGUCCACCUGCUGGCCUGGGUUGCCUCUGGCUAUGUGAUCUGGCAGAACUCCACUGAGAACACCAAGCUCCAACUCGCCCAGAUCAAACGAGUCAAGCAAGUGAAAAGAAGUGAUGAAUAUCUUGAAUUUGACUACCUGGUUCUACUUCAUGAGAUGGUGUCCCAGGAGAUCAUCCCCUGGCAGAUGACAGUCCUGUGGCACCCCCAGCAUGGAGUGCAGGUCACACAGCACGGCUGCCAGCCACAGCACAGCUUGGAGUGA